AUGCCACCAUCAAGGCAUCAACUACGAGUCUACGACUUGCGCGCUUCGUCGUUCUCUCUGACCUCAGACUGAAACUCCACUCAUUUCGCACACCCACAUCCCUCCCCUUCUCCACCUUCCACCACCAACAACGGAACAAGCGACGGCGUUCCACCGUUCUCGCCACCGCCUAUAUUCUCAACUCAAUUUAGAAUCAGACAAAAAUUACCGAUUGAAAAAAUCUUAAAAUUGCAAGAGAGAGGUGUGAUGAAGAGGCUAUUGGAAUACGGGAAAUUAGCAAUGUUCUAUGUUCGAGUUCUCUCUGGUUAUGAAGAGCGUCGCAUUCGAUCUUUCAGAUUGCAGCUUGAGCAACGUCUUCGAUCUGCACAAGAAAAGAAAGAGGCUGCAAGAAAGAUUCCCGAACAAAUUAUGUUGUCCGAAGUCCGAAGAAUGGUAGAAGAAAUGCAAAAUGUGAAUAAGAGGUUGGAAGAGAUGGAAGCUGAUAUAAAUGAGUAUUUCAAGCCAAUCGACAAGGAAGUGGGGGUUAUUAUGGAUAUGCAGAUGGAAAAAGAGAAAGCAAAGAUGGAAAUGAUGGGUUCCGUGUAUAAACAGGCGCUGAUUGAUAAAGCUGAAACACAGGAAGGUGGAGAUGUAAACAGUGCCAACCAAGCUAAUAAGGAGACAUUGAGUGCCAUCUUCAAACAGGCUCUGCUUGAGAAAGCUGAGGCAGAGGUGGCCGCCGAAAUGAACUCCUCACAAAAACAAACAAAAUCAGACUCUCUUUCUCAACAAAGUCAAUAAGAUAAUUAUUAGAAAUUUAGGCAGAACAUGUACUUGAUGAAUAAUUGUAAUACAGUGCUAGUCCUCUGUAUUUUUGAGGACAGGAAAAGUGUUUCAAGAUAAGUAUUUAAAUACUGAAAACUAAUUUUUUUUUGAAUGAUCAUCCCAGGCAUGAAUUUUGAUUGAUU